AUGGAAGAAGACGACGAAGAUUAUUCAUAAAGACUUCCAACAAAUGAAGGAGCAAAGUCAGAGAAAAAAUUCCCUCCAGAAGCAGUAUUGCUAUCACCCAAAAUGAGAAAAAUUACUAACUAUACACUACUAUCAUAGCAACCUUGUGGUGGUACUGGCAGAGGAAAUGUUCAUUUUAUGGCAACUCCAGGCUCCCGAAACUUCAUUGCUUGGAAAAUAGUCCAUCCUUCACCUAAAGGCAAUUGCACUAUUAGAUUAGGUUAAGGCCCAGAUGAAAAUGACUUCAAAGUUUUAUUCCCUCUUGAUAAAAGUGCUGAUAAAAAAGGAUCAUUCCCUUGUGGAAGAGAGGAGACUGGUCUUGAUGGAAAAGAAGUUGUUUUCCCAGUUAACUUCACCUGCGAUACUUGCACUUUAUAAUUCGAGUGGACAACUGAACUUGGGCAAAUGCAUAUGUGCUCUGAUGUUGUUAUUAUUGACAAGGAAAUUGAAGAGUGCGCUGGAAAAUGUCAAAAUCUAGGUAUUUGUUAGAAUGGAGAGUGCAAAUGUAGAAAGAGUUAUUCAGGAGCUUACUGUUAAUACAAAGAUGUCGAUUCAUCACCCAUUCUAUAUUACUUAAUGGUUUUCUUGGUUCUUUUAGUUAUAAUCGCAUGUCUAUUUUAUGGAGCAAUCUAUAUAAUGAAGUAUAUUGUAAGCAGAUUUUUAUUUAUGAUCUUAAUUUAGGAGAAAAGAAGAAGGGAAGAGGAAUCAAUUAGGUAAAAUGCAAAUAUAGAUAAUAUCACAGAUUAUAAGUCAGGAGUACCUAGUCAAGCAGCUUCAAAUCAAUUCAGAAGAAGAUGA